AUGCGUGUCUUCUUUGUGUUAAGUUUUUGUGUGGUCGCUAUCGCUGCCGAUGGUGGUGCCAUCAGCCAAGCAAAUGCGCAAGCGACCAGUUCUAGUGCAGUUAAUGUAAAUCUGUAUCAAUAUCCCGGUGGUCAAUUUGGAGGUGGUGGUUAUGGUCAACCUGUUGGUGGCGGAUAUGGACCUUACCAGCAGCAGCAAUUUGGCGGUGGCUAUCCUGGUGGUUAUGGUGGCGGUCCCGGUGGUUUUGGUGGCGGUCCUGGAGGUUUCGGUGGUGGCCCUGGUGGCUUUGGUGGACGUCAUCAUCAUCAUCAUCAUGGCUACCGCGGCUGA